GAGGACUCAAAAGAACAAUCAGUGUAGAAAGAGAAAGAACAAGCUGAGAUGCAGAGGCUAAAAUAACUCGAACAGGGAAAGACAGACACAGAAGGAGCGAUGGAAAAAACAACUGAGAGACAGAUGCAGCAGCAACAAAAGACAAACUGAAAAAAAUACAGUCAGGAAAAGUGUGAACAGGACUCAGCUGACCCAGUAAAGGACCAGGACAGAGGUGGACUGAAUCACGAUGGACUAUGAACCCAAGAAAUCCAAGAAGGGUUUUGUCUCUCCCAUUAAGCGGCUGGUCUGGUCCAAAUCUGGUCGCAGGCAGGCGGACCGAGCCAGUGUUUACCGCCGCCCGCUGCACACUGUCCCCCUCUACCCCCCUGACUACCUCAUCCACCCUGAAAGACUCAUCUUCGACUAUGUGGAGAAGGAGGUUAAGUUCCUUGGCCACCUAACCUGGGUGUCAGUUUCCCUGAACCCCUCCAGCCGAGACGAGCUGCUACAACUACUAGACACAGCCAGGCAGUUGAAGGUGUUGCCACUGAAGACCAGCGUGGAUCAGGACUGUAUUCUGAGUCUGUCCGCUCGUUGUCUGCUGCUGACGUGGAGAGACAACGAGAAGCUGCUGAUGAGGAUCCCAACGCAUGAGAUCGCUGCUGCCUCCUACCUGAGAGACGAUGCACUGCACCUGCUGGUCCUCAAGACAGGUCUGAACGUGGACACUGUGGUUGCUGGGGACGACAGCCUGGACAGGAAAAAGCCAACUGGAAUCGAUGGCAGACGUCAAACCAUGAGCUGUAACGCUGACCCACGACCUGCAGGGGGGACGAUGGAACGACGACACACCAUCUGUGGAGUCGACUGGAGGCCUUCACUGUCCAGGAGUAACCAUGACAAAAACCAGAAUGUGGAGAGAGGAGGAGGAGGAGGAGGAGGAGGAGGAGGGGGAGGGGGAGAGAGAGGGGGAGGAGGGAGUUUAGAGAGGAAGAGAGUGGGAGGGAGCUGGGAGAGGAGACAGCCAACACGUAAACCAGGAGGGAGCUGGGAGAACCGCAGGGCAAGGCCCAUGAGCGGGAGUUGGGGUGUGGGUGUAGGAGGGGGAGGGAGCUGGGAGAGGAGGCAUGGAGGAGGGGGAGGAGGUGGUGGAGGAGGAGGGAGCUGGGAGAGGAGAGGAGGAGGUGGUGGAGGAGGUGGCGGUGGGGGAGGAAGCUGGGAGCGACGGCAGGCCUGCACGGGGAGCUGGGAGCGGGGGAAGAGCUACGGCAGCUGGGAGAGGAGGAACCACAACCCGCUGGAGCCGACACCUUGCCCCGACGCCUACUGUAACCUGGUCAUCCUGGCUGUGGAGAACAGGGAUGCUGCAGAGGAGUACUGUUCCCUGAUCUGUCAGAUGUUCCAGGUCAUUUACGGUCAUCAGACCAUCGAGUGUGUUGACAGGGCAGGGUUCCACUACACCAUGCCAGACCGAUACUGGCUGCAGAGGAGUGACAGCUGUCUGUCUGACAUGUCCUACAGUUAUGAUCCAGAGUUUAGCUGCUGCAGCUCAUAUGAUGGUUCCCAGGAUGCCUUUGAGCUCUACUACAGUGAGACAUACAGUGAGAGUUCGUCUCUGUCCCUGCGGGACUCCCAUCGCAGUCUGGCUUCAGUCAGUGAUGGAGGAGACAGCAACCCCGCCCUGAUGCUGAUGCAGGAGUACAUGAUCACUCUGCGUAAUAAACUGAGUCCGGUGGAGUUGCAGCAGUUUGCUGUGUUGCUGAGAGAAUAUAGACUGGGAUCAAACAUCGACCAUUUCUGCUCCGAGCUGCUGCAGCUGUACGGAGACAACCGCAAGUUCCUGCUGCUGGGCAUGCGUUCGUUCAUCCCAGACAAGGACGUUGGGGUGUUUGAGAGUUUCUUGGAGAGUAUUGGGAUCCGGGAGGGUGGAAUUUUAACCGACAGCUUUGGACGCAUCAAACGCAGCAUGAGCAACACUUCGGCCACAGCAAUGAGAGGCAGGUACGACAGCUGCUCUCUGGCCUCAGGAUCCCAGGAAUUCAACCGACGGAUCACUGACAUCACCCAUGACAUCCAGGCGCUCGGCUUCCAGGACACACACGGAGACAUUGAGGAGGAAGACUACUACCUCUGAUGGAGGGAUGGAAGAAGAGAAAGAAUUUCAGUUCUGGUUUAACUCCUACUGCCAAUCAGUGUCUGAACUCUGAAGCUGCCCGAGUGUCCAUGUGCGAGAGCAUUGUUCAUAGAUAGAUCAUUUUCUAUUAAUUACUAGACACAUUACCUGUAAAUAUUAAUUGUAUAUAUUGACUGGAGCAGCCCUUUUAAUAUUGAUGGGCAACAGGUGAAUAGUAUAACACAAUCAUAAAAUGUUAUUUUUGAGACCAAAGACCAAACAUCAUCAACUCAACUCAUUAAAUCAGAAUAAUUUCUUCCUCAGUGUAUCAUACUUUAAAAAAAAAUAUUCAACAAUGCAACUACUGUUUGUUAAACUGC